GUGAUCAUCAAGCAAGGAGCAGAAAAGUUCCCAAAUACAAAAUAUAACGUUAAAAUACUCGUGUACUACGAUUACGUGAUCGGGAUUUAAGUAAACGUGAUCGCGUCUAGUGUGAACGUUAACAGUGAAAUAUUUUGAGGAAAAUUAUUCUGUUGUUUAUAUAAUAACCCACAGCGGGCCAAGCAACAAAAGCAACCAAGAAAGCACAUAGCAAAAGAAAUAUUUAAGCAGAAUUAUAAAAGAAAAAUAGAAAAAUAUUCAUUUCUGGUUUGGUUUUUUUUCAGUCGAAACAAAUUGAGAAAUUCUCUAUUGUGUGAGUGUGUGUGUGUGCGUUGCUGCUCUACUCUACUCUUAGUGUGCGUGUCGGUGGGCCGCUAUAGUCGCUAUAUAGUUCAACAAAAAUUUAGUGAGCGAGCACCGAACCAAGUGAAAGUGACCCCAAAGCAAAAACACACAAAAGAAUCAAGAAUCAAACAAGAAGCAACAACAAGCAACAAAAAAAUCAACACCUAAACAAAAUACAUAAUAUACUUAACAACACAAAAAGUGAGAAAUCGCCCAAAUUAACAAACAUGUCGGACAUUGAGGAUGUUUUCGGUGCCUCCGAGGAGCAGCAGGAGGAGCAGACCAAAGCUGCUGUCACCGAACCGGAUGCGGAGAGCAAAACCAGCGUUGUGACUGAGAGAACCGAGGAAGUGAUACCCGGCGAGAGCGAGAAAAUGGUCACCGAGACCAUCGAUGAGGAUGGCGAUGUUGUCGAGGAGACCACCGAAGUAACCCGCAAGACCGUCAAGCGCACCAUGAAAAUAACUGAGACUUCGUCCACCACAAAGACAACCACGCUCACCACGCCGGCCAAGCUGUAUGGCAAGGACUUGAGCGAAUACGAUGAUGUGGAUGUGGAGAGCCUGUUGGCGCAGCUCUCGCCCGAGGAGAUAACCAUACUGGCCAAAGAGGUUGAUCCCGAUGACAACUUCCUGCCACCAGAUCAGCGCUGUGGCUAUGAGUGUACCAAGGAAGCCACCGGCCCGUUGAAUCGCAAACAGCUCAUUGAGCACAUCAACAAGCAGGCCAUCGAGACGCCCGAUCAACCGGAAUUCGAACCCUAUGUGCAGGGCAAGGUGCGUGGCAAGAAGUGGGUGCCACCGCCACGAGAUGCGCGUGAAAUUGAGGCAGAGGAACAGAUCGCCAUCGAUAUGGGCGAGGAGUAUGAGCAUGCGUUGAACGAUGCCACGCAGGAGGAGAUCAUUGAUUUGGCUGCCAUUCUCGGCUUCCACUCGAUGAUGAACCAGGAUCAAUACCAUGCCUCGCUACUCAACAAGGGCCAGCCGGUUGGCUUGGGCUGGGAUGGCAUUACAAAGUCCACACAGCAGAAGCUGUUCCCCAGUGAUCCGCCCAACAGCACAGACGUUGAGGAGUCGAUUAAGCGUGUCAAGGACGACGACAACAAACUGAUUGACCUAAACUUGAAUAACAUUAAGAAUAUUUCGGAUGAGAAGCUCGAACAAUUGUUUGCCGCACUGCCUCAGAAUGAACAUUUGGAAGUUCUAUCGCUGACAAACGUCGGCCUGACCGAUAAGACAGCUCUCCUGCUCGCCGAAGCGAUCGAGAAAAGCAAAACCCUGAGAGUAUUAAAUGUUGAAACGAACUUUAUCAGUCCGCCCGUAAUUGUCAGGCUGGUGCAAGCCCUGCUCAAGUGUCACACCAUCGAGGAGUUCAGGGCCUCCAAUCAGCGAUCUGCGGUGCUCGGCAACAAGAUUGAAAUGGAGAUCACCAAUUUGGUGGAGAAGAACUCAUCGUUGCUGCGACUUGGCUUGCAUCUGGAGUUCAACGAUGCCCGUCACCGUGUCGCCGCCCAUCUGCAGCGCAACAUCGACAGAAUCGUCCGCGUGCAAAAAUUGAAACCGAAUUUGCCGAAAUUGAUAUUGCCCAGCAACGAGGAGAUUGAACGUGAGCUGGGCCGAUCAGGUUAUGGCUCGGCCACGCCCUCGCCGUCACCAUCGCCAUCCCCAUCGCCACAGCCACCGGCGGACUAUGAUGUGGAGGUCGAUCCCGACAACAUGGUCAUACGCGGUGGCGGCGAUGCCUACGAUCCAGAGAUCGAUCCCGAUAACAUGGUGGUGCCGGGCAGUCGUGCCGUAACGCCCAACUACGACGACGAGGGCGUCUUUCAAGCGCACACUAAGAAAAGAUCUUGAGUUACGCCUGCAGUUCAGAUUUUUCAAUAACCUGCAAAGAAAAUCAACAAGAAUUCAAUAGGAGCGAAAUCGCAGAUAAAAACAAAAGAGAAUUUAAAACUAAAUCAAAGAAACAAUCAAAGCAACUAAAAACUAAACAAACAUUUUUAAAGAGUUUUGUAAUUUUAAAAAAGAAGAAAACAAUCAAAAGAUAAUUAAAGUUGAAAAGUGUAAAAAAAAUAUAUAUAAAAUCGAACAAAAAGCAAAAAAACACAAUAAGAAACAGCAGCUGCAAAUGCUCGCGACAAAAAAAAAAUAUAUAUAUAUAUGUUAGAGAGACCAAGAAGUAAAUAAUAUAAACUAUAUACACAUACAUAUACACAUAUACUACAUAUUUAUAAUGCGCAGAACGAACCAUAUAUAUGUAAAUAUAUCUACGAUAUGAAAGAGGAAGGCAAUGAAAGAAAAUACUAUAUAGAGAAGAGAAGUCACAUACAUAUAUUUUGAAACUGAUUUACGACAAAAGUCACAGCAAACAAAACAAAAUAAAAACCAAACUCUUUAGGCGUAAUGUGUAUAAUUUUGUCUAAUUAAUUAACACACAGGAAUUAAACUGCGAUGUACAUUUUUAAGUGAAACUAAAAAUCGAAAAAUAAACAACAAGAAAUCAACAAAUAACUGCAAUAAACAAAUAAAGAAAUUAAAUGUAAAAUCAAUAUAAACAAAAUAGCAAUAUCAACAAUAUGUUUAUGCUCUUUUAUAAUUCAAAACAAAAAAUCAAUAAAAAACAAUAACAACAGCAACAGAAAAAGCAGUGCCAAGCAACAACAACCAAACUAGUGUAGCCUACUUUUCAGCGUCAAAAACCAUAUAUUGAACAUACGUGUGAAACGCCUGAAUCAGCGUAAAUAAAAAGACACAAUCAAGCAACAACAAGAGCAACAACAACAACAAUAAGAACAACAUCAACAAAUUGUGUGUCUCUCUGUGUGUGUGUUUGUUUCUAUUGUCCAACUUUCUACUAAUUACCAACAAACCAGCAACACCACCAACAACAACAACAUCAAGAACAACACCAAUUGAAGAAACAACAACUGCAACAAGAUUCUACAACAAAACCAGCUAUGUGAUUUCCCCCCUCCUCUUGUAAAACAACAACAAUUGAAACAACAACACCGACAACAACAACAACAACAACAACAUUGAACCCAGACCCAGACUACACCCACAAAAAAAAACAACCAACCAACCAACCAGCCAACCAGCCGCAAA